UGUUGCAGUUGGACGGGUCUGGGGCCGACAUGGCGGAGCGGCGGGACACAGAACCUGGGUUGGCAGGGGGAUGGAAGAAUGAAUGCUGACCAUGGUUAUGGUACAAGACCUAUGAUCAGAGGGCACCUAGACAAGCAGCAGAAUCCAAAAAUACCAGACGAAUCUCUCCUGGAUGAAAACUAUUUUAUGAACUCUGAGGUGUUGGCAGCAGUUCCUUUCUUUGGGAAUGAGGACGAGCAGAAUUACUUUUUAAAGGGCACCGCUUCCUCAACGCUUUGCUCCCAGGGGAGUAUGGGAGAGGAGAGAGUGCAUAUUGAAUCCAACGUAGACCUCGACAGGGAACUGAGCAAGGACUCCAUGCUGAAAGCAAUUAGGGAGGACUUCAGCCUGUACAGAGAGCGUGAGAUCCAGGAGUCUUGCUUGCCCAAGGAGUCUGGACGGGAAGGGAUAUUCCAAGACGAUUACGCCAGAGACACAGAAUCAAGAUUAAAAGGAAGUUUGGUGUCUAAACAAGGUCCGAUGGAGCAAUCCACGCGGGCGCAGCUGGUCGCCCAGACUCCAGACAGCAGUUUUAGGGAGUCCAAUUAUGCGUACAGUAGCAAAUCUCCGAUGGGUGAGAGCCUGAGUAACUCGUACACCCCAGGUGUCCGGAUAAAGGAGGAGCCGGUGGAUGAGGAUUAUGAGAGAGCUUUGGUUCCUCCUCCUGGCUUUGCGGACAAAGUUAAGGAUGAGCCUGACAAUGCUGAGGAAUAUUCCCAGCAGCCAAAAUCUUCGGAAGGGGAGCUGAAAAUCAGCGCAGUGUUUUCCGUCAGUGGCAGCCCCCUGGCUCCACAGCUCUCCGGUGGCUUGCACGCACCCGUCAGCUCCCCUGGAGCCACCAAGUCUCUCCCCGCAGUUCCUGCAGUCCCCCCUACUUCUGUAAGGGUGUCCUGCUCGGGCUGCAAAAAGACUCUGCAGAAGGGACAGACGGCAUACCAACGGAAAGGGUCUACGCAGCUUUUCUGCUCCACCCUUUGCCUUACUGGCUAUACAGUGCCUCCAGCAAGAACCAUGCCGCCCGCAAAGAGGACCUGCUCAAAUUGCACAAAAUUGAUUUCGGAUCCAAAGGAUGUUAUUACAGCUCAGUUUGACAAUCCUAGUGGCAGCAAAGACUUCUGUAGCGAGGUAUGCCUUUCUGCAUACGAGCCCAAGCGGAAACCCGUCGUUACCAUCCAUACAAAUAGUAUUUCCACCAGGUGCAGCGUGUGUCUGAAGAAUGCAGUGAUCCGGCACGAGGUGAACUACCAGAACGUGGUGCACAAACUCUGCAGUGAUACCUGUUUUUCUAAAUUUCGCUCCGCUAAUAACUUAACCAUGAACUGCUGUGAGAACUGUGGUGGCUACUGCUACAGUGGCUCAGGCCAGUGUCACCUGCUCAACAUUGAUGGCCAGUGCAAGAAGUUCUGCAGCUCAUCUUGCAUCACUGCUUUCAAACAGAAAUCGGCCAAGAUCACACCGUGUGCUUUGUGCAAGACCUUGCGCUCCUCAGCUGAGAUGUUCGAGAACACCAACAGCUCAGGCCGUACAGAGCUGUACUGUUCAGCCAACUGCUUGUCUGCCUACAAGGUUCAGAUGGUCACGUCCUCCGGCACACAAAUUCAAUGUAACAGCUGUAAGACAGUGGCUGUGCCCCAGUAUCACCUGGCAAUGUCCGAUGGAAGCAUUCGAAAUUUCUGCACCUACAACUGUGUAGUGUCUUUUCAGAACCUGUUCAACAAGCCUACUGCCCUGAACUCGUCGGUGGUCCCGCUGUCCCAGGGCCAAGUUAUCAUGAGUGUUGCCGCAUCGGCAGCAACACAAGCUGGUAGUAGCGUCCCCUCAGUAGUCUCGGCAACAUCCACGUCCUCAUCUUCAUCGAUCAACAAUUCAGCAGCCAUAGGCCUGCAGAGGCUAGCAGCACAGUCGCAAUCCCAAACCCAGGCACAGCAGCAGCUCCAACAGCAACAACAGCAGCAGCAGCAGCAACAACAGCAGCAAACACAGAGCUCUGUCUCUCGCGUUGCGGUGAAGUUACGGUGCCAACACUGCACUCGGCUGUUUGCCACCAGACCAGAGCUGUUUGACUUCAAGGGUAAAAUGUACAUGUUCUGUGGGAAAACCUGCUGUGAUGAGUACAAGAAAAUUAACAUGCUCAUGGCAAUGUGCGAAUACUGCAAGAUAGACAAGGUAGUAAAGGAGGCUGUUCGCUUUUCAGGAGUAGACAAGAUGUUUUGCAGUGAAGGUUGCAAACUACUUUACAAGCACGACCUGUCAAAGAAGUGGGGCACCCAUUGUAAAAUGUGCAGCUACUGCUUUCAGACGUCUCCCAAGCUGGCGCGGAAUCAGUUUGGAGGGAAAGUAGAAGAGUUCUGUGGGGAGGAGUGCAUGUCCAAGUUUACAGUGUUGUUCUACCAGAUGGGAAAAUGUGAUGGCUGUAAACGGCAGGGCAAGUUGAGCGAGUGUCUCAAAUGGAAAGGUGAAGUAAAGCACUUCUGCAACUUGCUCUGCAUCCUGAUGUUCUGCAACCAACAAUGCACACCCGAGCCUUCCCCAGCCAAUAACACAGCAAACGUCCCCAUGGUACCAGCAGUACCAGCAUCAACAGUCUCUACAGGCACCAAGGAUUCAACUCCAGUCAUUGCUAACGUAGUGUCUCUGGCAAGCACGCCUGCAGCACAGCCCACCGCUAACUCUACCAACGUCUUGCAGGGUGCUGUACCAACUGUGAUGGCAAAAAUCAUUGGGGAUGCAAGUACCCAGACAGAUGCCCUCAAACUCCCUCCUUCUCAACCUCCAAGGCUCCUCAAGAACAAAGCCUUGCUCUGCAAACCUAUUACACAGACCAAGGCGACCUCGUGCAAACCUCACACUCAGCACAAGGAGUGUCAGACAGAAAGUGAUGGGCAGCCGCAGAUCUUUGUGCUUCCGGUACCCGUGCCAGUCUUUGUUCCUGUGCCCAUGCAUCUAUACUCCCAGUAUGCCCCAGUCCCACUGAGCAUGCCUUUUCCUGUUCCCGUACCCAUGCUGAUCCCUACAACUCUAGAUAAUGCUGAUAAAAUCAUAGAUGCCAUUGCAGACUUAAAGGAAAAAGUCCCAUCUGAUCCCUUUGAGGCAGACAUACUUCAGAUGGCAGAAAUGAUUGCAGAGGAUGAAGAGAAGGAGAAAACCCUAUCACAUGGAGACCAAGGAAGCACAUACAGCGGGGAUUUGGAGUCUGAAGCUGUAUCUACACCUCACAGCUGGGAAGAUGAAUUAAACCACUACACUAUGAGGUCUAAUAACAUUCCCGAGCCUGACACUGACCUACGGCAGCUCUCCAGAGUUGGGACAGAGCAGGAUCUUGAAGCUGACUUCCCAACAGAAGUAUUUGAUCCACUAAGCAAGGGCUCCAGUCUCUUUGCCCGCUCUCGGGCUAGACGAAAACACAGGGACGGCUUCCCACAACCAAAGAGAAGGGGCCGGAAGAAGUCAGUAGUGGCUGUGGAGCCACGAAACCUCAUGCAGGGAUCUUACCCUGGGUGCUCUGUGCUAGGCUCCACGUUAAAAUAUAUGUAUGGGGUCAAUGCCUGGAAGAACUGGGUGAGGUGGAAAAAUGCACAAGAAGAAACAGAAGAUGUAAAGUUUGGGGUGCGGCCCGUGAAGCUGAAGGAAGACGUUUUGUCCUGCACCUUUGCAGAACUUAGCUACGGUCUGUGUCAGUUCAUACAGGAGGUACGACGGCCUAAUGGUGAGAAGUACAAUGCGGACAGCAUCUUGUACCUGUGCCUUGGCGUCCAGCAGUACCUAUUCGAGAAUGGAAGGAUAGACAGUCUUUUUACAGAGCCCUACUCCAGAUUCAUGGUGGAACUGACGAAGCUACUAAAGAAUUGGCAUCCACCCGUAUUAGCUAACGGUUACAUGCUUUCAAGGAUUGAAGAGGAGCAUCUGUGGGAAUGCAAGCAGCUUGGGGCCUACUCACCUACUGUCCUUCUCAAUACCCUCCUCUUCUUUACCACCAAAUACUUUCAGUUAAAGACUGUGAGUGAGCACCAGCAACUCUCUUUUGCCUACGUCAUGAGGCGCACAAAGACAGCGAAAUACAAUACAAAGAUCACUUAUCUUCGUUUCAUCCCACCAUACCACAAGCCUGAGGUGGAGCACGACAAAUUAGCAAUGGGAAAGAGGAAACGAGUGGAAGACGAGGAUGGACCGUUUGUAAUGGAGAUGGCGGAAAACACAGACAACCCUCUCAGGUGCCCAGUGAGGCUUUAUGAAUUUUACUUGUCCAAAUGUUCUGAAAGCGUGAAGCAGCGGAGUGACGUCUUCUACCUGCAACCAGAGCGUUCGUGUGUGCCGAACAGCCCCAUGUGGUUUUCCAACAUGCCCAUUGAUCCAGGCACGUUAGACAGCAUGCUGACCCGCAUUCUCAUGGUGCGAGAAGUUCACGAGGAGCUGACCAAAGCAAAAGAGGACUCGGACGUGGAAUUAUCUGAUUAACAGGAUGUCAGGUCCUCCCAUCUCUCCUUCUCUAAGCCUCCAGCCAACCCACCCUCUACGCAAGGCAGGACAAGCACUGGACUGUGAAUGAAACAUCCUUGCCCUGUAAACCCAUCCACUACUUCUCUGAAGUUUUUUUUUCUUCUCCUCUUGAAUACUUUUGUGUAUAGAAAAUGUUCCCUGCUGGAUCCAAGUGAAAGUAGGGACACGGGCGUCUUCAAUCUCAGCUGUGGGAAACUGAGCACAGUGAUGAGGAUAGGACUCCACAAUGCAGAAGUGUAACACCGGAGAAAAGGUGCUACACCCAUCAUGUGAACUUUAAUAGCUUUUUAACUGGAGCUCAAGGGAGUUGAUUUUUAACCCAUUGUGUUGCCAAACGGUCAUGUGCUCUGCUUUGAGAUGGGCAGCCUAAUGGGUUAAGACAUAAUCUCUUUUGUACUAGUGUUCAGUGGGGUAUGUAUAAAGGCACCCAUAAUACUACAAGGAAUUUCUAAAGCUAUAUAAACUAUGUGGCAAACCCCCCCGGACCUUUUUUUAGAGGGUUUCAGUAUCAUAACACACACUCUGCCAUAACUUUACCUGCUAUUUGUGAUGGUCGCGAGAGACAGGUUUCAUCGCCUGCCGGUCUUCUCGCACACGGACUUUCCCUUGCACUUGAAAACGGGACACCUAACACGACAGAAACUGGGAGGCUUGUAAUACAGAACAGUUAAUUCUACCACUAGACCAGGCUUGACACUCUCCUUAAACUGUCACCAAAAAGCAGGCUUACAUAGGAUUCCAGGCGAUAGGAUACAUUUCAUGUUACCAAUACAAAUUUUAAUUAUGCCACAAGACCAUUAUUAUGUUCAAGUGCUGGCUUUCACCGGUCGAGGGAAGGGUUCAAUCACGCCGUUUACUUCGAUCCCAAACCAUGUAGCCAAUAGUGAAACUUUAUUUUUAGCAAAAGAAAUUGACAGUAGAACAUUGUAAAUGCAUAUAUAUGUAUAUGUAUGUAUAUGUAACCCCACAAAUUUAAGUUGUGUUCCACUAAUCACAGUGAUAUGUAUAGUAGGAUAAAAGAAGGUGUGCAUAGCUUUUUCACUACUUAUUAGCAGGAGAAGUUAAUGGCGGUUGCGUCUUUGAAAAGGGUUUCUUAAUGCUGUAGCGACCAAUAGAAUAUUCCUGCUGUUUGUGCUGUUCUACUGGUUGCUAUGGCGAUACGGUCAUUAUUUCAGGUUUGCAUUAUGAUCCCUUUUUUAAUACAUCAAUCAUAAACUGAUUCAAGAAAUGUUUUACAUUACCAAACAUAUCAGUGUUGCUUCCAGUGAUCUUAAGUAGAUUCUCUUCCUUGGACAUUGCGAAUGUAAGAAUUCACUGAAACUCUGAAUAUUGAGCAAUCAACCCCCCCACCACUACCACCCAUGGGCAUUUUGGCCGAUUCUCCCAGUUUCUCAUUUAGGUAGGCAAAAUACUACAUAUUUUGAUGACAUCAGAAAUAA